AUGAGGACCCACACAGAGAUGUCUAAAGAGGACUUAAAGGAAAACUUCAAGAAGCUUACACUAGAGAGCUCCAGAGUCAUGGAUGCAAAUGAAGACAUGAAAGCCGCUUACAUGGCGGAGGCCCAUCUAACGAUUGUGGAGGAUCUAGAUGUCCAAUUGAAAACCGACUUAGAAGAGACGGAAAAGGAUUACAGAACUCUGGAGUCCUAUGAGUUCAUGCUGACUCACUUAGAGAAGUUGGUGCUCAAGGCAAAAGAAGCGCACCAGAACUGGAACCGCUGGGCUCCGCCUACCGAACAAAGAGACUUUGAUGACCGCCUAAGACAGCUGGAGGUGCACCUUCCCCAGUUGGUGUCAAGAAAGGCCGCCUUCAUCAAAGCAGCGAAGAUGAAAUCGGAUGCAGAUAAUGAAGAACUCCCAAGUCGCCGUCCAGUGGCAGUAAUAAAGCUAAAAGCCACAGCCCUACCAAAGUUUGCUGGUAACCAGAGAGGCUACUACAGAUGGAGGCAAGAAUGGGAGGCUCUGCAGAAACAAGGGGAACCGACCGGCUCCAAAGAGAUGACAUCCUUCGAGUCCUGGAGAAUCGGUUUGGGAACCAAACCACCAUCGCUCUUGAGAUCAUCGAAGAGCUACAAGCGACUCCACCAGUCCGGAGCGGUCAGCCAAGAAAAGUCAUAGAGCUCAUCCAAAUGGUGGAAAAGGCCCUUUAUGAUUUGAGUGACCUGGAUAAUGCAGACACCAUUAAGAACCCGAUGGUGACUAUAUCCAUCGAGGGCAAGCUCCCGGAAACCCUAAAGAAAGACUGGCUGACUUAUGCUGCUGAUGAGAGAAAUGCUGUGAACCGCCACAACCGUUUUGACAAGCUAAUCACAUACCUGAAAUCACAAGAAUCCAUAUAUGAACAACUGGAUCAGCUGAGAGACGUCGUCGAACCUGCUAAUGAGAAAACCAAGUUUCAAAAGUAUGCCAGGACAAAGACAACAAAGUCCUGCAGUGAAACAGUAGGCUGCAUCCUUUGUGGUGACCCAAAGCACAG